CAAUGAGAGGGCAGUGCUCUCCGCGUGACAAUAUUUAGUCGUGUUUGCGGUCAGUGCUAAUAAGAAAAAAUGGAUUAAACGAAAGGGAUAAGAACUGAAAAUAUGGAUAAAACGAAUGGACAAACAACAGAGGAGAGUGUUGAUGCUAGCAACACUGAGGAAAGCGAUGAAGCCCUUGAAUCGUCAUGCGAAAGCUCUUCUUCCAAUGCAGACUCUGACGAGGAGGUUUACCUCAAGACGCUGGAUGAAUUAUGGUCCCCAGAUGGCUCUGAUGAGGAAUGGUGUCCCGAAGUCACCCCACAAAGGAAGAAGAGAAAACAUCAGUCUUCUGUAUCUCCAUCCCCAGCAAAGUCUCAUAGGUCUGCUUCACCUGGGUCUGCACAGAGUGCCAAAGGGAAAGGGAAACAUAAAGGCAGGAUGAGACAACAUGUAUCCACAUCCAACAGUAUUUUAGAAAGCAAGUGGAAAAGUGUAGAUGAGCCUGAUAUUGAGCCGCCUCAGCUAUUGUUUAAACCCAAACGUACACCCGGCCCACAGUUAAUAUCCACUGCGUCAUUCAGCGUUCUGCAAUAUUUUGAGUUAUUCUUUUCACAACCAGUGAUGCAGAAAAUAGUAGAUCAUUCGAACAUCUUUGGCGCCAUGCGUCAUGAGGCAAGGAAGAGAAAGUGGAAGGACAUUACUGUAGCUGAUCUGAAAUCAUUCAUAGCCAUGGUGAUUUACAUGGGCAUAGUGAAAUGCUUCAAUCUGCAAGACUAUUGGAGGAUGUCUGACGUCUACAGUCUGCCAUAUCCUGCAAAAAUCAUGUCUCGUAUUAAAUUUCUUACCAUAAGUUGGGCUCUUCAUCUUAGUGAUCCUAAAGUGGAUGCAGAAAAUGACAAGAAGAGAGGAACACCUCAAUACGACCCGCUGUGUAAGAUCAAACCGCUGUACCAGGACAUUAGAGAUGCUUGCAAAGCUUCAUUUCAUCCUCAUCAGAACAUCUCCAUCGAUGAAAGAAUGGUGGCGUCAAAGGCUAGACAUGGCCUCAUACAGUACAUAAGUGAACCCACAAAAUGGGGGUACAAACUGUUUGUGCUGGCAGAUUCCCUCUGCGCCUACACGUGGGACUUCUUCAUUUAUGAGGGAAAGGUGAAAACGGAGCAGAGGAAAGGUAUAAGUUAUGAUUCUGUCAUGGCGCUGAUUGAUGAACGGGUGUUGGGCACUGGAUACAAGCUGUUUGUCGACAACUUUUACACCAGUCCCACACUCUUCAGAGAUCUGCUCAGCAAGAAGAUCGGGGCUUGUGGCACGAUUCGACCAAACCGCAUCAACCACACAGAGACUGAGGCUCCUCGUGGGAAUAUUCGCUGGUUUAGAGAAGACGGUCUGCUCUUUGUUGAGUGGAAGGACAAGAGAGACGUGCUGAUGUGCUCCACCUUUCAUAAAGCGUAUAACGGAGACUAUAUAAAGCGGAAUGUGAAAGGAAAAGGUAGCGUUUGGGGUGUUAAGGAAUUUCCUGUUCCGGGUGCCGUGUUGGACUACAACAAAUACAAGGGAGGAGAGGAUGUGUCUAAUGCACUAAUCGGGUAUUACACCGUUUUUCGUCAAACAAAGAAGUGGUAUCGGUCCUUUUUCUACCACUUUGUCGACAUCGCCAUAGUCAAUGCCUUCAUUCUGCACCAGCAGAUGGCCAAGUCGAAGAACCAGAAGGCCAUGACCCAGAAGGCCUUUCGUGAAACACUUAUUACAGAGCUUACAGGAAUAGGGUCUGCCUCAACCUCUACCCCUAAGGCUCCUGUUCCUACCACUGGCCUCCACCUGCCCAGGUACAUCAGUGGGGACAGCACAGUAGGAAGGCGGAAAUGCAAACUGUGUCAACUUAAAACACCAAUGAUCUGUGCAACUUGUGAUGUUGCAUUGUGCCUUGUUUCAAAUCGCAACUGUUACGUUAAGUGGCAUGAACAAGAUAGUGAUAGCGAGGAGGAUGACGAUGAUGACGACUGAAGCUCCAACAUUUUUCCAAUUCGUUGAUCCUAGGGGAAAAAAGUCAUGCACAGAAAGCUUGCAAGCAAGUCUAAUGUGGUUUCUCAACCACGUUCCUGGAAGACCAGCAACACUGCAUGUUUUUACUGUCUCCUUUGUCUUUCAGUUUCAGAUAAUGAGCUGAUGAUCUGAAUCAGGUGUGUUUGUUUAAGGAGAUACAUGGGGCUUACACAUUUGUUAUGAGUCUGUUACAGGACAAACUGCAAAACGAUUCAAAGUUGAAUCUCAUGCAGUGACAUUCAAGUCGAAAAGGAAGUAUUCUGUCAAUUUAAUUGAUCCUGAAUAUAGAUUGGCCGUACGUCAGAGGUAUAGACACGCAUACCAAACAACAUUAUGGGUAAAUGUCCGUGCCCCUCACCAAGCUUUGAAACCAGCAUACAACCCACGUCUCAUAGACAUCUAAACGUAGACAGCUUGGCUAAAACAAGGCUUAACUUGGGCUGUCAGUGAAAAUCUAAUAGACAUCUAAGAAUAUCCCAAAACUAGACUAGACGCCAAAUAGACAGAUUAGACAGACUUUAUAUGUGUAGGCAUUCAUUUCUGAUUGUUUGAUGACUAGUCUAGUUUUGGCCUAUCCUUAGAUGUCUGUUAGAUUUUCUCUGACAGCCCAAUUUUAGCCUUGUAUUAGCCAAGGUGACUAUGUUUAGACGUCUAUUAGACAUCUUUUAAAAUCAAAACAAAAAAAAAUUUUUGCCGGGAAUACACUGCAGCAGUAAUUCUCAAGCAACCAUCUGUCUUGUUCAUCACAAAAUUCUCUGUGGAAUAAUUUAUCAGACACUAUUUUGGCUUUUACUUGUACGAUAGCUGUGAAUGGUCAAAACACCCUUAUAAAGGCUUGCUACGAGAAAAAGAGAAAUUCUAACUCAAUCCAAAUCUUAUAAGCGUGAGAUUGAAUUUAUUUUUUAACAUGCAGAGAUUUCGGACUCGGUGUACACUGGAUUUAAAGCUCUUUGGUUUGGUUUUUGGGUUUAUGAGUACUUGCAGGGGUGUCCAAACUCAUUCCUGGAGGGCCGGUGUCCUGCAAAGUUUAGUUCCAACCCCAAUCAUACACAGCUGGCCUAGCUAAUCAAGCUC